GUGUGUUGGUACCUGUGCUACCAGGUUCGAAGAACUUCGACAAAAGCAUUCGGCCUCCACUGCAAAACUCGUACAUGUACAAGGAGUCUAAGCAGUCUUUCAGAUACAACUCUGCUUUCUUGAUAAACAAUGAUACUCUGCAGGAACGGGUCAGUAUUUCAUUAUAGUACAUGGUAAACUUUGGUGUACGGUACCCCGGCCUUGACUCUGCCCAUAGAGUCCAGUGUAUAGUAUCUGUGCAAUACUUAGUACAGGAUAGUAUAUGUACUAUUACAUGAUAAUGUCUGUGUAAUACUUGACAGUACAUGCUAGUAUAUGUACUGUUACAUAUCUGUGUAAUACUUGAUAGUAUAUUUGUGUAUUACUUAAGUUGUUUUGUGCUGUCCAUUCAGUCAUUAAGUACAUAUUUACAGUGGGGGGGAAAAGUAUUUAGUCAUCCACCAAUUGUGCAAGUUCUCCCACUUAAACAAAUUAGAGAGGCCUGUAAUUUUCAUCAUAGGUACACAUCAACUAUGACAGACAAAUUGAGAGAAAAAAAUCCGGAAAAUCACAUUGUAGGAUUUUUAAUGAAUUUAUUUGCAAAUUAUGGUGGAAAAUAAGUAUUUGGUCACCUACAAACAAGCAAGAUUUCUGGCUCUCACAGACCUGUAACUUCUUCUUUAAGAGGCUCCUUUGUCCUCCACUCAUUACCUGUAUUAAUGGCACCUGUUUGAACUUGUUAUCAGUAUAAAAGACACCUGUCCACAACCUCAAACAGUCACACUCCAAACUCCACUAUGGCCAAGACCAAAGAGCUGUCAAAGGACACCAGAAACAAAAUUGUAGACCUGCACCAGGCUGGGAAGACUGAAUCUGCAAUAGGUAAGCAGCUUGGUUUGAAGAAAUCAACUGUGGGAGCAAUUAUUAGGAAAUGGAAGACAUACAAGACCACUGAUAAUCUCCCUCGAUCUGGGGCUCCACGCAAGAUCUCACCCCGUGGGGUCAAAAUGAUCACAAGAACGGUGAGCAAAAAUCCCAGAACCACACGGGGGGACCUAGUGAAUGACUUGCAGAGAGCUGGGACCAAAGUAACAAAGCCUACCAUCAGUAACACACUACGCCGCCAGGGACUCAAAUCCUGCAGUGCAAGACGUGUCCCUCUGCUUAAGCCAGUACAUGUCCAGACCCGUCUGAAGUUUGCUAGAGUGCAUUUGGAUGAUCCAGAAGAGGAUUGGGAGAAUGUCAUAUGGUCAGAUGAAACCAAAAUAGAACUUUUUGGUAAAAACUCAACUCGUCGUGUUUGGAGGACAAAGAAUGCUGAGUUGCAUCCAAAGAACACCAUACCUACUGUGAAGCAUGGGGGUGGAAACAUCAUGCUUUGGGGCUGUUUUUCUGCAAAGGGACCAGGACGACUGAUCCGUGUAAAGGAAAGAAUGAAUGGGGCCAUGUAUCGUGAGAUUUUGAGUGAAAACCUCCUUCCAUCAGCAAGGGCAUUGAAGAUGAAACGUGGCUGGGUCUUUCAGCAUGACAAUGAUCCCAAACACACCGCCCGGCAACGAAGGAGUGGCUUCGUAAGAAGCAUUUCAAGGUCCUGGAGUGGCCUAGCCAGUCUCCAGAUCUCAACCCCAUAGAAAAUCUUUGGAGGGAGUUGAAAGUCCGUGUUGCCCAGCGACAGCCCCAAAACAUCACUGCUCUAGAGGAGAUCUGCAUGGUCUGUCAUAGUUGACGUGUACCUAUAAUGAAAAUUACAGGCCUCUCUCAUCUUUUUAAGUGGGAGAACUUGCACAAUUGGUGGCUGACUAAAUACUUUUUUCCCCCAACUGUACAUCAUAAAAGCAAUUAACUUAAUGUCAGUAGGAUGUUGUUUUUAUUUAAAUGUUUUACUCUUAUUAUUAUCUGUCCUGGUGCCUAGUCAUUUUACCCCUGCCUAUGUACAUAUCUACCUCAAAUACCGUACCUCAAAUGAUCUGGUACCGGUACUCCCUGUAUAUAGCUUUAUUCUUGUGUAUUCUAUUCCUCUUGUGUUAUAAUUUUUUAUUUGUCUUAUUUUUAACUCUGCAUUGUUGGGAAAGGGCUCUUAAGUAAGCAUUUUACGGUAAAAUCUGCACCUGUUUUAUUCGGUGCAUGUGACAAAUACAAUAUUAUUUUAUUUGAGAUAGGCUAAACUCUUGUUUGUUUUUUGAUAGUAUGAGGCCUUCCGAACAAAGAGGAGAGACAUGGGAUACUCAGAGGAGGAACUGGAGGAGUCCUAUGGCUUCUUGCUGUUUGACGACGAAAAUAAGGUAACAAGUAAAUAAUUCAAUGAUGACCCGCGUAAUAUCUCACACGAAUGUUUAUAGCCAUUUAUACAUCUCUAUCUCUGUAGAACACUUAAAAGGCAAAUACACACAAUGUAUUCUCCCAAAACAUUUAUUUUAUGGAGAAACCCAUAUCUAACUUUGUGUCAUAGAAAACGACCUCAAAAACAUCGUAAUCAAAGUUACUGGUCUCUAAUAAUCACUAUUCUUCUAUUCUAAAGGCAAAUAAAGUGGGAGAAACUGGUGUUGUCCCUGGACACAGCACAUGCUCAACGCUUGGAGAUCCUUCAAAGGGUAAAUGAGCUGCGCCAUAUUGAGUAAAUAACGAGAUAUCAGACAAGACGCCUGGGUUUUCAGUUCCACAGCACGGAAGUUAAAUACACUAGGACAAAGUCAAUAACAAGAACAGCCUGUCUUGGGUUAAGGAAAACUGGUUUGAACUAUUUCAACUGAAACCUUUUCACGUCAUCGAACAAGGCCUCAACUAAACAAUGGGGCAGUUCUAAGCUUUUACAUGUUAAAUAUAGAGGGAACUCACAUACUACAUGACAUGGAGUGGUCUCUAGCCACGCCCCUAAACUAAUGCUAUUUGAGUGUGCACUAUACGACUAAAGACAAGUCAAAGCAUAAGUAGUGAGAUUUAAAGAAGUUUGCUUACUUAGAUAAUGGUGUACUGUUUCAGGUGUACUGUUUCAGGUGUAUUGUUUUAGGUGUACUGUUUCAGGUAUACUGUUUCAGGUGUACUGUUUCAGGUGUACUGUUUCAGGUGUAUUGUUUCAGGUGUAUUGUUUCAGGUGUAUUGUUUCAGGUGUACUGUUUCAGGUGUACUGUUUCAGGUGUACUGUUUCAGUACAUUUCUGGUCAAGUGUCGCUCUGCUUUUGAAAAUGAAACUGCUUUACAGACAUGACAGUGUAAAGAGAAAGUGGAAGGAGAGACCAGUGAAACUUAACUCUAGUAGUGUUUGCUAGGACCAGAGAGUAGCGUUAGUCAAUACUUAGGGGCCUGCAGUAAAAAUGUUUGAAUGAUGGAGAAAUUAGAUUUUACCUGGGGCGGCAGGUAGCUUAGUGGGUAAGAGCGUUGUGCCAGUAACCGAAACGUCGCUGGUUCUAAUCCCCGAGCCGACUAGGUGAAACAUCUGUCGAUGUGCCCUUGAGCAAGGCACUUAACCCUAAUUGCUCCUGUAAGUUGCUCUGGAUAAGAGCGUCUGCAAAAUGACAAUGAGGGAGAAUUCUACUUUAUCAACAGAUUAUUAGGAAUGUUAUGAGAGUUUAGCUCUGAACUUACAUACAAUGAAACUCUGGUAAAUAUCUUUCUUUGUUUGAAGUUAGAAUUCCUCAAUAGAAGUAUACGCUACUUCAGGUUACACAGUGAGCAAGCCUGUGUGCGGGGGCAGGCCCUAGUGGAAAAGGGGGAGGGUGGUGUAAGAUUGUCUACGGUUGGACAAAGUCAGCUAUUUUUUUAUCUACUAGGCCCAGAUUGAGAUAACUGCCGUAGUUAUGGAGGAAGGAAACAGUGGUCAAAGUCCUUGUGUGGACUAGUGUUCUGUUUCGUCACCUUCAAAGUUUACAGUUCUAGAUGUGUAUGAGAUCGCCAUAGAAACCCUGUAAGUGUUUAAGCAUAUUUUUUUCUGUAGCAGUAUAAGAGGACUUUUUGUCAGCCCUUUUCAUUCACUUAUUGUUUCUUCACUUGUCACUUCUUAUGUGCUUCAACUCGUUUUUCCUGUUUUGUCACCGGUAGGAGAAUCAACAUGAUACAGGUUUCUUUGCUUAGAUUAAAUGAUAAGGAAAGGGAACAUCUAACCACAUAUCCGUAGCAUGUACAGUUGAAGUCGGAAGUUUACAUAGACCUUAGCCAAAUACAUUUAAACUCAGUUUUUCACAAUUCCUGACAUUUAAUCCUAGUAAAAAAUCCCUGUCUUAGGUCAGUUAAGAUCACCACUUUAUUUUAAGAAUGUGAAAUGUCAGAAUAAUAGUAGAGAGAAUUAUUUAUUUCAGCUUUUAUUCCUUUCAUCACAUUCCCAGUGGGUCAGAAGUUUACAUACACUCAAUUAGUAUUUGGUAGCAUUGCCUUUAAAUUGUUUAACUUGGGUCAAACGUUUCGGGUAGCCUUCCACAAGCUUCCCACAAUAAGUUGGGUGAAUUUUGGCCCAUUCCUCCUGACAGAGCUGGUGUAACUGAGUCAGGUUUGUAGGCCUCCUUGUUCGCACACACUUUUUCAGUUCUGCCCACACAUGUUCUAUAGGGUUGAGGUCAGGGCUUUGUGAUGGCCACUCCAAUACCUUGACUUUGUUGUCCUUAAGCCAUUUUGCCACAACUUUGGAAAUAUGCUUGGGGUCAUUGUCCAUUUGGAAGACCCAUUUGCGACCAAGCUUUAACUUCCUGACUGAUGUCUUGAGAUGUUGCUUCAAUAUAUCCACAUCAUUUUCCUUCCACAUGAUGCCAUCUAUUUUGUGAAGUGCACCAGUCCCUCCUGCAGCAAAGCACCCCCACAGCAUGAUGCUGCCACCCCCAUGCUUCACGGUUGGGAUGGUGUUCUUCAGCUUGCAAGCACCCCCUUUUUCCUCCAAACAUAACGAUGGUCAUUAUGGCCAAACAGUUCUAUUUUUGUUUCAUCAGACCAGAGGACAUUUCUCCAAAAAGUACGAUCUUUGUCCCCAUGUGCAGUUGCAAACCGUAGUCUGGCUUUUUUAUGGCGGUUGUGGAGCAGUGGCUUCUUCCUUGCCGAGCGGCCUUUCAGGUUAUGUCGAUAUAGGACUCGUUUUACUGUGGAUAUAGAUACUUUUGUACCUGUUUCCUCCAGCAUCUUCACAGGGUCCUUUGCUGUUGUUCUGGGAUUGAUUUGCACUUUUCGCACCAAACUAUGUUCAUCUCUAGGAGACAGAACGCGUCUCCUUCCUGAGCGGUAUGACGGCUGCGUGGUCCCAUGGUGUUUAUACUUGCGUACUAUUGUUUGUACAGAUGAACGUGGUACCUUCAGGCGUUUGGAAAUUGCUCCCAAGGAUGAACCAGACUUGUGGAGGUCUACAAUUGUCUUUUCUGAGGUCUUGUCUGAUUUCAUUUGAUUUUCCCAUGAUGUCAAGCAAAGAGGCACUGAGUUUGAAGGUAGGCCUUGAAAUACAUCCACAGGUACACCUCCAAUUGACUCAAAUGAUGUCAAUUAGCCUAUCAGAAGCUUCUAAAGCCAUGACAUCAUUUUCUGGAAUUUUCCAAGCUGUUUAAAGGCACAGUCAACUUCAUGUAUGUAAACUUCUGACCCACUGGAAUUGUGAUACAGUGAAUUAUAAGUUAAACAAUCUGUCUGUAAACAAUUGUUGGAAAAAUUACUUGUGUCAUGCACAAAGUAGAUGUCCUAACCGACUUGCCAAAACUAUAGUUAGUUAACAAGAAAUGUGUGGAGUGGUUGAAAAACGAGUUUUAAUGACUCCAACCUAAGUGUAUGUAAACUUCCGACUUCAACUGUACCUGUGUGCCACAAGACUGUGUUAGCCUGCUGUGCGAAAGCCUAGGCAUUAGCUUAGGGAGCCAACAAGUUCAUAAUCUGUGUGUGGUGCCAAUUCUGCCAAACCCCUCAGUUAAAUUAUGCAGUGUUGGAACUGUAAACCAAUAAACCUAUAAAAAAACAGUGUGAGGUUUCACAGCCUCUUCCAAAUUUCUCACUUCUGCAUUAACUGGCUGUGUGUUGGGCUUGGCAGUUGGCACCAAAGUAUUGGAAGUCCUACGCAUUGAAAAUAUCUUAGACCAGGGGUGUCAAACAUACGGCCCGAACUCAAUACUCAAUAUACUACAAUAUAACACAUUCACCAAUUAACCAAAUCCCUUUGGCUGUGUGAUGCAUUUAUUCAAUAAAAAGAAUAGGGGAAAGUGGGGUAUGUUUAGCCAUUUUUUCACUCAGCAUAUAGUAUUCUUUCUAACAAAGAUAUCUGUACUGAACAAAAAUAUAAGCGCAACAUGUAAAGUAUUGGUCCCAUGUUUCAUGAGCUGAAAUAAAAUAUCCCACAUUUUCAAUACGCACAAAAAGCUUAUUUACCUCAAAUUUGAUUCUCAAAUUUGUUUACAUCCCUGUUAGUGAGCAUUUCUAUUUUGCCAAGAUAAUCCAUUCACCUGACAGGUGUGGCAUAUCAAGAAGCUGAUUAAACAGCAUGAUUAUUACACAGGUGCACCUUGUGCUGGGGACAGUAAAAAGCCACUCUAAAAUGUGCAGUUUUGUCACACAACACAAUGCCACAGAUGUCUGAAGUUUUGAGGGAGCAUGCAAUUGGCAUGCUGACUGCAGGAAUUUCCACCAGAGCUGUUACCAGAUAAAUUAAUGUUCAUUUCUCUACCAUAAGCCUCCUCCAACAUCGUUUUAAAGAAUUUGUCAGUACGUCCAACCGGCCUCACAACUGCAGACCACGUGUAACCACGCCAGCCUAGGACCUCCACACCCGUCUUCUUUACCUGGGGAUCGUCUGAGACCAGCCACCCAGAGAGCCGAUGGAACAGGAGUAUUUCUGUCUGUAAUAAAGCCCUUUUGUGAGGAAAAACUAAUUCUGAUUGGCUGGGCCUGGCUCCCAAGUGGGUGGGCCUAUGCCCUCUCAGGUCCACCCAUGGCUUUGCUCCUGCCCAGUCAUGUGAAAUCCAUAGAUUAGGGCCUAGUGAAUUUAUUUAAAUUGACUGAUUUCCUUAUAUGAACUGUAACUCAGUAAAAUCGUUGAAAUUGUUGCAUGUUGUGUUUAUAUUUUUGUUCUGUAUACAUACAGUGGGGGAAAAAAAGUAUUUAUUCAGCUGCCAAUUGUGCAAGUUCUCCCACUUAAAAAGAUGAGAGAGGCCUGUAUUUUCAUCAUAGGUACACGUCAACUAUGACAGACAAAAUGAGAAUAUUGUAGGAUUUUUUAUGAAUUUAUUUGCAAAUUAUGGUGGAAAAUAAGUAUUUGGUCAAUAACAAAAGUUUCUCAAUACUUUGUUAUAUACCCUUUGUUGGCAAUGACACAGGUCAAACGUUUUCUGUAAGUCUUCACAAGGUUUUCACACACUGUUGCUGGUAUUUUGGCCCAUUCCUCCAUGCAGAUCUCCUCUAGAGCAGUGAUGUUUUGGGGCUGUCGCUGGGCAACACGGACUUUCAACUCCCUCCAAAGAUUUUCUAUGGGGUUGAGAUCUGGAGACUGGCUAGGCCACUCCAGGACCUUGAAAUGCUUCUUACGAAGCCACUCCUUCGUUGCCCGGGCGGUGUGUUUGGGAUCAUUGUCAUGCUGAAAGACCCAGCCACGUUUCAUCUUCAAUGCCCUUGCUGAUGGAAGGAGGUUUUCACUCAAAAUCUCACGAUACAUGGCCCCAUUCAUUCUUUCCUUUACACGGAUCAGUCGUCCUGGUCCCUUUGCAGAAAAACAGCCCCAAAGCAUGAUGUUUCCACCCCCAUGCUUCACAGUAGGUAUGGUGUUCUUUGGAUGCAACUCAGCAUUCUUUGUCCUCCAAACACGACGAGUUGAGUUUUUACCAAAAAGUUAUAUUUUGGUUUCAUCUGACCAUAUGACAUUCUCCCAAUCCUCUUCUGGAUCAUCCAAAUGCACUCUAGCAAACUUCAGACGGGCCUGGACAUGUACUGGCUUAAGCAGGGGGACACGUCUGGCACUGCAGGAUUUGAGUCCCUGGCGGCGUAGUGUGUUACUGAUGGUAGGCUUUUGUUACUUUGGUCCCAGCUCUCUGCAGGUCAUUCACUAGGUCCCCCCGUGUGGUUCUGGGAUUUUUGCUCACCGUUCUUGUGAUCAUUUUGUCCCCAUGGGGUGAGAUCUUGCGUGGAGCCCCAGAUCGAGGGAGAUUAUCAGUGGUCUUGUAUGUCUUCCAUUUCCUAAUAAUUGCUCCCACAGUUGAUUUCUUCAAACCAAGCUGCUUACCUAUUGCAGAUUCAGUCUUCCCAGCCUGGUGCGGGUCUACAAUUUUGUUUCUGGUGUCCUUUGACAGCUCUUUGGUCUUGGCCAUAGUGGAGUUUGGAGUGUGACUGUUUGAGGUUGUGGACAGGUGUCUUUUAUACUGAUAACAAGUUCAAACAGGUGCCAUUAAUACAGGUAACGAGUGGAGGACAGAGGAGCCUCUUAAAGAAGAAGUUACAGGUCUGUGAGAGCCAGAAAUCUUGCUUGUUUGUAGGUGACCAAAUAUUUAUUUUCCACCAUAAUUUGCAAAUAAAUUCAUUAAAAAUCCUACAAUGUGAUUUUCUGGAUUUUUUCCCCCACAAUUUGUCUGUCAUAGUUGACGUGUACCUAUGAUGAAAAUUACAGGCCUCUCUCAUCUUUUUAAGUGGGAGAACUUGCACAAUUGGUGGCUGACUAAAUACUUUUUUUCCCCCACUGUAUAUUUAAAGAGGCACUAUGCAGAAAUCGCUCCGCCAUUUCCUGGUUGCUAAAAUUGGAAUAGUUCGCAAAAACUAAACUUAAGAACGGGCAGCAUAGAAAUAGAGCACGUAGAACAUAUAUAUCGCUUCUUAGACUUGCUUUAUAUGAGAAUGACAGAUCUAUAACACACAUUUCUAUGUGAAUUUGGUCGGGUCGCCCAAAAAGUGACAUAUUGUAGCUUUGACUUAUAGCGGACUUGAUAGCGGACUUGAUGUUGUGUAUCCCUGGAAAUAAUCAGAAUUAAUGUAAACAUUACUGUUUUGAAAUCAUAACUUCUCAUAAAAAGAAGUGGUCUCUUGGCACAUCUUACCCCAGGUAUGGGGUAAAUUGAGCACAUGGACAGGGUAGGUUGAGCUGCCUUGGGGUAAGUGGGUGAUUGGUGCUGGUGGGUCAAAGUUUAAUUCAUGGAAUAGGGGUGUGGUAUAGUCAAUUGUAUAUCUUAAAUGUAUGCUUACAUUUCUUGACUAGUUUUCUGGGACAGGGAUGUUGUUUCGUUGUGCCAAUUCGUAGGCAAGUUCUCUGCAUUUGAGGCUACUAAGCCCAUGAAACCGUUCCACAAGAUUAUUGAUAUGUUUAGCAAGCUACUUUGGUUUAGAUACAAGCAUAAUGAAACCUCAAACACAAUGAAUUAAUUUGACUUUGUGAAAAACAAUUUUCUGGAUCUAACUUGCUUACCACUUUUUCCAUGUAGUUUCUUCAGACUUGUCAAUGAUGGUCACAUGAUUAAUGUUGUUUAUGGUUUCCUAGAAACAAGGGGUGGCUCCAUAAACCCUUUGGCUCAACUUUCCUCACUCUCCCCUAUAAUAAUAUUCAUAUUUCCACUUCUCAAAUAAAAUAUUUGAAUGUAAUAAACCUAGUAACCUACAUUUCUAUUCCUUGUACUACAAAUAUUUAGUUAAUGCCUUAUUCUACACCGAAUAUUGUUGCUUUGGUUUUAUCAGAGAGAGGAGGGGGGAUGCUGGCACACUCACCACCCCAUGUUGUUGCUGUGGGAACAGACUUGUCAAUGAUGUGAAUGUUCUUGUUUAACUCAGGUGUGUGCGUGUCUUUUCUUGUUAACUUAGGUGUGUAUGUGUCCAAGUACUCGGACUGCCUGGACUUAAACCGCUGGUACCACGGGAAGUCUGGAUAUAUCGCCAUCAUCAGGCUCACCAAGGUAUUUACAAAGCAGCAGAGCCAUAGGGGUGCUGACUAGAGGAAGUACAGCUACGACCGGAAGUUACUUUUUGUAGCAGGUUAGGAGAGCAUUUUAACCCGUUACCCUUUUCCUAACAUUAUCCUAAGUCUCCUAACCUGCCACGUUAAUUCUCCUAACCUACUGCGUAAAUUCUCCUAACCUGCUACGAAAAAGCCACUUCCGGUCGAUGGUGUACUCCCUCUAGUCAGAACCGGCCACAGGGGCAUAACGUUGUGUAACCUCACAGUUGGGUAACCUCCUUUCUCUCAAAGGUUUCUGCCUCCUGGCCACUGUGCUUCUGCUUCUGUUUGCGGUCUAGGCCGGGUUCCUGUAAAGCAAUUUGGGACGACAGCUGAUUAAUAUAUUUGGGGACGACUGCUUUAUAAAUACAUUUGAUUGAUUAGUUGAAAGGGCUUGCAAUUGAAUUCUCUCUCUUUUUGUGGGGUUCUACAGGGCAGGGUCAGAGAGGUGACAGAGAACUACACAGUAAACUACACCUCUCCCUCUAAUGGGUUUGACUGUCAUGUAUCAGAACAUCUCAGUGCUGUGUCAGCCAACACCAGCUCCUUCCUGGCCUUCGAGAGAACACAGGUGAGAUUCCGCCCUCCUUUCACCACCAUCCCUCUAUCCUCCAUCCCUCCUUCUCACACGGUGUGUUCUGUUGCCUUCAAUUGUCAAAUAUGCACUCAGUGUGUCAAAGUAAUAAAACUAACAAAUGUAUUUAGUAAGCUACCUCUAACGGAAAAAAAUAUAUAUAAUGUAUUAUUAAUCUUUUUGCCGCAGGUAUUUAGCAAAGUUGAUCAAAUACACCUGCAGAUACAGUAGUGAUAAAUACAACACAACACAAUACAAUACAGUACAAUACAGUACAAUAGCAAAGCUGAAGAGAUUUGUGUUGGUCUUUCAGUACUACAUGUAUGAGCUGCCUGUUGGCGGGGAAGUCCAGCCUCCCAGCCAUGUUUGCCCAUUCGCUAUCGUGGCUUUCUCCUAUUGGGAUACCAAGACACCCGCAUCAGAGGAGCAGGAGAAAAGGUAAACUUCCCUCUUUCCCCUCAUGGGGUUUGUAACAAACAACAUUAUGCUCAAUAGAAAAUAUUAGGUGAAAAGGAACUAAAGUGUUAUUGUUAUGAUUAAUCCCCCCCAAAAUUGUCUCCGUCUUUUUAGUGAGGAAGAAAAACCAGGUGAGCAAUGAACUGAUGGCUACUUAUCAAUGUGUCUAUGUCUAGUGUGUUAUUGAUAUGAAUUAGACUUGUUGUAUUGUAACACUGGUUAUGGUAAUCAUAAUGGUAAUGGAAUACGAUUACAGUCUUUCACUACUACCCGUGGAGGGGCCAACUCCAAAUCAGCUCCCAGAUCUACCAUGUGGGUCUGAAGUCCAGCACAGGACCCCUGAUCCCAGCUAAACUGUAAGUCCAAUGCUACCCUGUGAAGGUAGCACGGUCUCUCCCGAUGCUAUGUCUUAAAAUUAUAUUCUAUAUCUCUCCAAUUGACUUGAUGUGUGUCGUGUUCAGUAGGGCACACCAUAGAAAAACAUUAGGCAACGGAAAAACAAAAAACACGUUUCAGUAACUCCCCGCUUUAUUCCGUUUUCUUUCAUGUGGUAACAAAACCUGAAAAUGUCACAUGAAUUAUACUUCCUUCCUUUUUUUUGAUUGCAGUCCAACAAUGAUGGCAGUUGACAGAGCAAUUCAAAUGUCAGAUCUGAGGCAGAAAUUACCGAAGGGUAUAUUUGAAACCUGCUUCUCCGGUGAAGGUACACUCAUGUUCAUGUUUAAAAUGUAAAUGUACUAAAAAGGGGUUUCAUUUUUAGGUGUUGCUCAUCUUAAUAAAGAUGGAACUGUUUAUUUAUUCAUCUUUGACAACACAUUUUAUUGCGUGUGUAUGGCUCAGUGGUAGAGCAUGGCGCUUGCAAAGCCAGGAUUAUGGGUUUGAUUCACGGGGCCACCCAUAUGUUAAAUGUAUGUAUGCAUGCAUGACUGUAAGUCACUUUGGAUAAAAGUGUCUUGUUAAAUGGCAUAUUAUUAUAUUAUCUUUAUUCUUUACCAUGGAAUGCUGAAUGUCUAAUGAUCACAAUUUUUUCCUGUAUUUUGUCUUUUCUUGCAAUAAACUUAACACACUAGGAGUGCUUUAUUGUAUUGAAUUGUACUGUUUUUCAGUGUCUCUGGAAGGAAUGGGUUGCAGUCUCUAUGAGCUAGUGCCCAGUGAGGCUGAGGACGCCUCUCUCUCUCUGGUCACACGGGAGCUCAAGGAGAAAGACCUGGUGAGCCUUCGUUGUUUUUAAAGUCGGCUCACAGACUCUUGGAAGAACGGAAUGCAGUUCAUUGUUGCCUUGUCAGACUUUGAUUUAAAUAAAUAAAAAUGGUUUUUUACUAACAGGCCCUCACAAUACAACUGAAUGAUCGUGGUUUUCUGAUACUCUUACAUUCAUCUCACUUCCUCACAUAUGAAGGUAAGACAGAACCUGUAUACACAACAUACUGUAUUUAGAUAUAUUAUAGAUAGAAGCUAAAUAUCUAACAUUACAUUAUAAUGGUAUAUUUCCAGAUGCUGGGUCCAAGAAGCCAGAGGUAUUGCAGGGGAUGUUUGUGUUUCCGGACUCCAGAGCUAUACAUAGAGGUAUUAAGGCCCUUGUAUACAGUAGUGAUUUUAUCUAAUCUUUUGUAAUGUAUCCUUAUGUAAUGAUUUAUUUUUAUUUUUUACCACAGACACCAAGGUCUGCUGCAAGAAGCCCUUCCUCUCACCAGAGUGCCUCCAGGUGGUGCCGGCACUGAACUACGCAGAGACCGAGGUGGAAAAGUGCCUCCCUUCACAGAGCGGGGAGCUACGUGGUUUACUAGAGCAGCAUAUCCAGAGCUACGUUUCCCUCAUCCACCCUGGGCUUACCAUCAGUCCAUCCAGGGAGGCCAGCAUCUUCCCAGAUCAGUUUGAUGUUCCCGAUGCCCUCAAAUACCUCUACUCUGCCCCCAAGUGGACUGAGAUGGGAUGGAAACGUCUCAAAUCUUAUUUCCACCAGCCGGGCUCCUUCGAGCUCUCGGUGUCCAGGGCCACGGAGCUUCUGGUGGCAGGGCGAGAGGAGCGAGGAGACGAGCCGGAUGAUGACGUCUACUACUGUCUGUCAUCUCCAGAGGGGCCCCCCAUGAGUCCUGCUAGUCUGGGUGGCCCAGAGGAGCAGCAGUCAGGGGGAGAGUCCCCAGGAGACACAGCUGACACAGCAGCAGACUUUAGUAAAGCACCUGCAGUGUCUACGGAGGCCUUCGAGAAACCUGGUAAGACUAUGGAAGACAGUAAUGCGCCGGACAAAGGAGCAGACGAAGGGAAGAACUUGCAAGAAAGUUUGCCCUCUGAUCUUACCAAGCCUGUAAUCCCUGCAGAGGACUUUGGGAAACCUGGCUUGAACAAGGCAGACAGUAAUGCACCAGGGACAACUUUGCUUCCAAAGGAGGUGCAGGAGGAGGUGCAGAAGGAGCUCCCCUCUGAUCUUUCUCAGCCUGCUGUGUCAGCAGAUGACACUGGGAAGACCAAGGCCGACUGUAAUGCACCAGGGGUAGGAACAGAGGGUGAAGGGACAAGUUUGAACCCAGAGGAGGUCCAAGUUGAAGUACAAGAGAAGGUGCCUUCUGAUCUUUCACAGCCUGCAGUCUCUGCAGAGGACUUGAGGAAAGCUGACCUGGCAGCGUUGGGCAAGGCAGACUGUGACGCACCAGAGGUAGGAGUAGCGAAUGAAGAGACGAACUUGCACCCGAAGGAGGUGCAAAAAGACAUGCCCUCUGGUGUUUCACAGUCUCCAGUCUCUGCAGAGGUCUUGAGGAAACCUGGUCCAGCCCUAACAACCAAGCCCAACAGUAACACACCAGAGGCAGGAGUAGAGGAGAAUGUGAGAACUUUGCCUCAGAAGGAGGGGCAAGAGGAGUUUCCCUCUGAUCUUUCCCAGCUUGCAGUGUCAGCAAAGGCUUUUGGGAUAGCAAGUAUGAGAGUGAUGACAAAGGCCACAGAGGUGACAGGGGGUUCAACCUCACCUGCAUCAGGUGACCUCCCAACAUUGUUAGUCAUCACUGCCACUGAAGGAACUGCAACUGUUUUACCUCACAAUGAGAACCUUGACUUGAUCAACACAGAGUCCACCACAAAUAACUCCUCCAGUGCUCUAAAUGCGGAACGUGGCAAGGCCAAUCAGCCUUCAAAACCCCCAGAGGUCAGUAAUUUCCCUAUAUCUGAUUGGAGGAAACGGCCAAGGAAACGUCAUAGAUUUAGCGGAUUGGGUAAAAGGGUCUUGAGGUCUACAGUGGCUGACUUUGAAGAGAAAGAAAAAGAGGAUAAGGAAAGGAUGGAUGUAACCCAAGAUCACCCAUUGAAAAUGCCAAGAGAACUGAUGAAUUUGAUCCAAGAUCCCCCAUUGAAAAAGAAGGAAAGGAUGGAUGUAACCCAAGUUCACCCAUUGAAAAUGCCAAGAGAACUGAUGAAUUUGAUCCAAGAUCCCCCAUUGAAAAAUAAGGAAAGGAUGGAUGUAACCCAAGUUCACCCAUUGAAAAUGCAGAGGGAACUGAUCAAUUUAAUCCAAGAUCCCCCAUUGAAAAUGAAAAGCAAGGAUUUAAUCCACUAUCACCCAUUGAGAAAUAAAGAAAGUAUGGAUUUGAUUGAUGACGACCAUCCAUUGAAAAAGAAGACAGAACGGUGGGACUUGAAGGCAAUCAUCUCCGAAUGUGGUAGAAUUUUUGUCCCUCACGGUUCAGAAGUUAUCGCCAAGGAUAUAGAUUCUUUGAAAGUUAAGGGGAAAGUGUUAGAUCACAAACAAUGUGCUGACGAGAUGAUGGUUGAAGCUUGUAUCAAAGUCCCCCAACCCAUAGAAACAGGAGAUGGACCUAGCCUAGAGUUGAACAAGUCAGACAAGAGCAAAGAUUUGCCCAUAGGGAUGUUAGACAGUAAAGACAGUCUGCCAGAGGUCAAAAUGGCUGAUCUAGGCAAGAUGGCCUCUCGGAAUCCCUCAGAACUGGUCCUGAACAAAGACACGGAUUCUCCUUCCUCAGGAAAACACAAAAAGAAGCGUCAAUAUGUCGCAAUAUCCCUCAGUCAACUAAAGACAGUUCUUUCAAGAGGGGGAAAGAGGAAGAAACCCAUCAAUCCUGUUUCAGAAGAUCAAACAUCACCCUUGAAGAAGAAAAGCAAGGCUGGUACUGGCAUGGAUGAAACGGAAACAUUUAAUUUGAGUAACAUCAACAAAGCUAGCCCGGACAGAACCACAGGUGCUGUUGAAGUUGCAAAGGAACAGACAUUUGGCCUAGACCAAAAGUUUGCACUAGCAUUGGGCUUGACUCCUACGGAGUUGCAUAAUAAUGCACACAAAUCUCCAGAAAAAAGUGAUAUUCCAUUAAAGGAAGAUAUUCAGAGCAGACUGGGCCUGGUCCCACCUCAAGCCACAUCUGGCCAAACGUCUGAGGCUUUGCCCAGCUCACCUUCAACAACAAUCCCCUUGACAGGUCAGAUGAGACCAUUCAAAAAGAAACACAUGCUCGCAGACUCCAUGAGGAAAAAAUGUAAGUUUAUUUUGGGAAGUCAUAUGGUCAUAAACCAAAUGCUAAAUUAGAUAGCAAUGUUCUUCAUCUUUGAGUUGUGAUUACAGUUAAUAUAUGUGCUGAAAUGUUGAAAUAUGCUGAAAUAAUCCAGUUGUCUUGAAUUCCUGAUGAUUCUGUUUCUAUAUUUCCUUUUUCAUCUGAACUGCAAAGCGGCAUUCUGAAGUAAUGUGCUAAUAGCCUCUUGCUGACCUGGUCCCAGAUCAGUUUGUGCCAUCUGGCCAACUCCUAUGGUCAUUGUAACGCACGUGGCAAGACAGCACAAACAGAUCUGGGACCUCUUGCCGCCUCGUCUUGCUGUGUGUUGUUUGCCCCCCUAUUGCUGCGGUCCCCCAGUUGAACAUAAAGUUACAUUUAUUACAGAUCAUAUUUAAAUUAGGUUCAGUUGGUUGGCAAUGAUAUUUCUUACCAUUGCAAGAAAUAAACAUUAUCAGCUUUAAAAAAAAAAUAUAUAUAUAUAUAAAAAUUAAUCAGUUUCAAAGAUCACCUUUACUAAUCCAUUUGCAUGCAGGGGACUGCUUUACAGCUACUUAGGUAUUAAUCAUCACCAUGCGCUACUUUGUGUUUUUGUUUUCAUGCCGUUCCUUCUGUCUCUUUUGUCUUUUCUUUUGUUUCUACAGGGUGGUUGCACUAUCAAACACCAGCUUCUUUAGAAAGUGAGAAAGUAGCUAUAUCCUCCCAACUACUGACACUUGACCCGGAUGUCAGGCGUGUUGACCCGGAUGUCAGGCGUGUUGACCCGGAUGUCAGGCGUGUUGACCCGGAUGUCAGGCGUGUUGUCAGUAGGGGUAGGCCCCGCAAAGGUGCCAGUGCUGCAUCAUACACACCUGCAGAUUCUCUGACCCUAUUGGCCGAUUUGGCCCUCAGUACCAGUAAUGACAAAGUACUGGAACAACAGUCAAAAGACCCAAAGGCUCUUGAGAAACAAGAUGGCCGCCCAAGUUUGGUGAUAAGUGACAACAGUGUCAAAGAUGGUGUCUCUCCUCAUGAGCCAGAUGGUGAGCCAGAGUUUGUCCUUCAUGCUCUGCUGAAGCACCCUUCUGCUGCUAGGCUUAAACUCCCCUCUCAGUCUCCGUCACCCAAGGGGCUGGUGGUGGGGAGUGGGGAGCGGGUUGUGUUAGUCUCACAAGAGCAUUCAUACUCACUACCACCAUCCUCUCUACUAUUGGGUUUGUCAGGUUCAAGCCUUGAAGUCCCCAUUUCGGAGGGACUUCAGCAGCAUCGCAAGGAUAUCUCUGCUGACGGAACUCAAGCACUACGGGCCUACCUGUGUCAGCAGCAGGACCAGAACAGGAAGGAACCCGGAUUGACUCCGGAAUCCCUGAGCAAAGGAAUCGGAUGCAGGCAGAAGUUCCAUCGCUUCCGGCGGUUCAUUGAAAAAGAUGGCUCAGUUCAAGUGACAAGGCUGUGGAUGGAAAACUAUGACUUUAGUUCAGACAGCAAGUUUACCAACGACCCUAAGGAUAAAACAGUUACUAGAGCGCUACAUGGGUAUGUACUUACAAUCACUAACUUCAAUACUAAUGUCUUCAGUUUGAUUAGUUAUGCAUCUAGUAGGUAGAAGAAAGGAUAAGUGAAGAGUUUGCUAGAGACCAAAAGCUGAGACUAUAUUACUCACAAUUGUUUGACUAGAAUUGCUAAGUAUGUCCCUUCUUCAUCCCUCUGCACUCCCUCUCUGUACAGCCCAUGGGAUUUUGACAUUAAGGACACAAAGGAACAGGUUCAGCUCAUUAUCCACAUGUGGAUAGGUCUUUUCUACAGCAGGUCCACUGCUAGGUUCUGCCGGGCAGACUCAAGUCUAACAUGUUUGGAAGAAAAGGAUUCUACAGAAGUGGCUCAUGGAAUGGUACCAGCCCAGGUUCCACCUGAGACCAAGACAAGUUCCCCUGCUUAUAUAGCCCUCUCCAGGAUACCAGAACCUACAGUUCUGGACCUUAGUAACAUGGGUAAAAAAGAAACACAACCUUUAAGCCUGGAACCUGAGGUAUUGGACCUUUCAAUGAAAACAACCUCAACUGUGCUAGACUCUCUAGACACAGAGUCUAAGCAGAGAAUAGAGUUAAACAAUCCUCCAGUAUACCUACCAGCAACUGGCCUGCACAAGGAAACCAUCUCUUUUCCAAAACGAAGUACAGGUGUUGAGUUAAAGGUUGGAAAACAAAUAUAUUAUAUAUUUAAAGCACAUAUGUUUUCAACUGAAUCUUUUGUAGACAUUAUAUAUAUAUUUUUUGCAAUGAUUAAUUGUUUAUCUUGCUGUUCUGUUUCUCUACAGGUUUACAGAGACUGUGUGGAACUGGAUGAUGAUGAUGAUGAAGACUAUGAAACCAACAACCAUGAGAAUGACAGCAAGGGUACCCUCCAAAAUGGUGUGUCCCCUUACAGAACAACUUUGGAAAGUGAUGGAUCGUACAUACUUUUGUGUGAACAGACAGCAAGUGUGUACAUUCAUCAAGAAAAGGUCCUGGAGACUCAAAGAAUUGCUGAGGUUUUGGAUGGCAAAGACAAAAAGGAGGAGGUGACGGGAGAUGGAGAACAAAACGCAGCAGGUCUUAAAACCAUGGGCUCUAAAGAUGUCGAUAAGGUACAACAACUGAAAGAUAACGAUUUGGUCAAAACGAUGCCAUACACAGAAGUGCAGAUGGAUGGUGAUGCUGCCAAUAUGGCUGACACAGUUGAGCGUAACGCAAAUGAACCCAGAGAUGGGGCGCACGUUGCCAUCUGUGAUGGUAGUGAGUCAAAAGCAGAGAUGCGCAAAGUAGAUCACAACGUCAAGGAUUCUGUUGAAGCCGCAAAACCAGAAGCAGUGCAUGUUGGGAAAGAUACCACAAACAAGGAAAUCGCUAAAGCACAAACUGCUGUGCAUGUUGGGAAGGAUUUCACUGAUAACGAUAAGGCACUCAAAGCAGUGUACAGUGAAAAUGUUCCCAGAGACGAUGGAAACACCAAAGACCAGGUGCAAACUGCAAUGCAGGAUGGGAAUGAUACCAGAGAUGAGGCCCUACCAGCGGUGAAUUGUGGAGAAGAUUCAGGAGAUAAAGCUCGAGCUGUGGUGUGUGAUGGGAACACGUCUGUGGCUGAGGCACCACCAGAGAUAUCACAUACUGAAAAUUAUUCCCAAAAAGCAACACUGACAGUGGUGCAUGGUGGAAAUGAUCCAAGAGCUACGACACUACCUGUGAAAUGUAAUGGCAAGCUGUACAUAGAUGAAGAACCCACUGUAGUGCAUGAAAUAAAUGGUUUCACAGAUGAGGCACUACCAAUGGAGCAGGGUGGGGAUGUUUCUGUUGGCACUACCAGAGAACUGCCAGAGAUGCACAGUGAGAUUAAAUGUAAAGAUGAGCUACUGCCCACGCAAGUAUUUCCAGUAUGCGAUGGGAACAUACCUUUUGUAGGCGAGUUUGACACACUCAUUCAGUCCAAUAAUGUUUUAGGAGAGGCUAAACGUAAAAUAAAUGAGGCUGAUGUCAAUGUAGAAACUAAAGAUCAGGAAAAAGAGUCAAUGCAGGGUCAAAGUUCAACAACAUUCCCGCCAGGGUCCCAACAUUCUCAAGACGAGACAUCAGAAAUACUGACAGGCCAGGUAGAAAUACCACCGAUUCCCAGAGAAGACAUUGCACACACAGAGGUUCUACAUUCAAUAGGUGAGGCAUCAGAGAUAGAGCGAGGUCAGGUAGAAAUGCCAUUUAUUGGAGUAGAGAAGGAUAGCAAGGAUAUCACACACACACACACAGAGGUUCUACAUUCAAUAGGUGAGGCAUCAGAGAUAGAGCGAAGUCAGGUAGAAAUGCCAUUUAUUGGAGUAGAGAAGGAUAGCAAGGAUAUCACACACACAGAGGUGCAUGAUACUCACCCAAGUCAGAACGAGACACUGAUCACAGUCUGUGAUAGGGCUAAUGUGUUAUCAGGUGAAAUGCUAACAAAAUUAGUUCCAAAGGGAACGGAAUCUGUCAGUAGAUGCCCAACCCCUACUGUGGAUGAGGUGCUGGAUGGUUACAUCCCCAUUCCUGACAUCUGCAGUGGCUCCUUGGCCAUCUGCGAUGCCUAUGGGGACAGCAAACCCCUCAGCACUGGGGAAGGUCACAGCAGAUGCCCAACUCCUACAGAAGACGAGACACCUUUCGUUCCAGGAUUUUCUUAUGACCACAACACACCAAAGACUGUUUUGCUGCCCAAUGCGACAGACACCAACACUCCCAACCUCGAUAGUGGUCUUGCGCUCAUUGAAAAUGAAAAGGCUCAUCAUGAACCAAGUCUUAGUCUAUACAAAGCUAGGGCUGCUACUAGGUUGCACGAGCUGCGUAAAUCCAGCAACAAUAACAAACCAAAUAAUCUGGAAGCCAUUGAUAAUCAGUUCUCUCAAGUAUUGGCUGAUCCCCGCAAGAAGCCAAUCGCCACUAGCACACCUCUCAACACUCCCUCAACUUCUUUCAAGGAAAGAAGCGAUUACGAUCCAUAUUCAAAUGUGCGACUUACCGCUGUUGAACCAGACCUGUAUGCUCAUUCACGCUCUUACUCGUCUCCCAUCAACCAAUGCUCCUUAACAGAGAAAGCCGCCUUCUCUGUGCCAUCAAUCCACCCUGAAGUUCUAUCCAAUGAAACGACAGAAAUAACGUUAACUGGGGACUUUAGUGAAAUCGCUUUAGAAAGAGAGACUUGCUUGAGUCCUGCCUCAAGUGAGCUCAUCCUACAGUCCACCUGUCGGAGUAUUCCAGUGGCCAGUGGACCUACAGCAGCUUCUCAGAACCUUUCAGUGCACAGUUUUACUCAGCCCCAGCCACAGAGCCAGCAACCUGCCAUGGCUGUGAAUCUAUGGAAGAGUGAGGACAGCAGAGGACAGUACAACUGGGAAGAAGGACAAACAGAUAUUGACCCUAUGUCUUCAGAUGUUCUAGAAAGCAAACAAACCGAUACCCCUGUCUGCUCAAACACUAAUGCUCACCCUUAUAACACACUGUAUGCCACAGAGAUGAGACAGAUUGCAAUUUUGCAAGAUUAUGAGGAUGUUGUGGCAGAUGAUGUUGUGGGUGAAAACGAGGCGCCUUCUGUAGAUCAAGACAACAUUGAAUCCAGUUUAGAGACCAAUUGGAUAUCAGAUGACCAACAUUUAAGAAGUAAAUCCCGGUUGAAUAAAACAAAACUUGACUUCAUCAACUCUUUACGCCAGUCUCAGGAAUGGGAGAAAAGUGAAUUUGAUGAGGUUUUGGACUUCAGCAAGCAAGGCACUUCCUCGUCGGUCACCUUCCAGUCUGGAGAAUCAGACAAAAGACUUUGCCGUAUGGAAGAAAACCAACAGGAGUGGUUAAAGUAUUGUAGGGCUAAGAGGAGUGGCAGCCAGAUGGAUAUGACCGAGGAAGAAGACACCUCAGUGGCAAAGCCAAGCUUAGUUACCAUUUUGGAUCACAAAGGAAACAGAAUCACCUAUGAAAACUAUCCCGUUUUGAAAACUACAGCAAGCAUGCACACACGGACAGUUCCUGACUCUAACAGACGGGGCUCGAGCAGUUUUCUGGAGUUCUCGAAGAGGUGGGAUGGUACACAUAACGCUGAUGAAUCUGAUCUCACUCAGUCAUCUAUGGAUCUGGAGACCCUCAUCUUCUCAGAGAAAAUGAACCAGAUUCUAAAACGUAAAAGGAAGAGUAGCAGCAGCAGGUACAACCGAUCGAGACACCGCAGGUCAAACGUAGAAGAAAGAGCUUCCACCUGUAGCCCGGCUGUGACAGUGCGCUUCUCCAGUCUGCAGGAGGAUCAGGACGGCUCUGAGGAGCACUGGGAGGCGAUACCGUCACUUUCAGGGCAAAAUAUCAGAGUGGAGAUGCCCGAAAGGAUGGCUAUGCCUGAAGAAACAGAUAAAGAACAUCAGCAUCUUAAGAAACUCUCCUAUACAAAGGGCAGUGAGAUGACGCAUGUAAAAGUUUCAGAUCUGGUUGUGGAUAGUUUCAAGGCAUACAAUGCUAUGAUGACUGAGGUCUGCGCAGGCAGAAAGUACCCAUCCAGAACUGAGAGACUCAAGAGGGAAGAAGCAAAGAGAAACAGUUCGCCAAAGUCUCGACCCCCAGGCAAAGACAAAGACUUCAGUGGGCAGAUGAAGGAGGACAUGUAUGACAGCCUGCAUGAUAAUCUGAACUCUGUUGUGAGGCAGUCAUGUAAGAACAAGUUCAGGUUCUACAUACUGGUGACAUCAUCUGACCCAUUCUUCAGAGAGACAAAGGUAAGAUGAACGUAGUAAACAUGUUAGCCUGGUUCUGGAUCAGUUUGUGCCGUCUUGCCAACUCAACUCAACAUAGGCUAUGCAGCGCAAACAGAUCUGGGACCAGUCUAUGAAAACCAUUAGUACAACAAUGAAAGCCAAACUUCAUUCUUCCGCCAUGUUUAAAAACAAGCAUUCUAUUUUUGUAGGAGCUGUUAGAAGCAGAGGGCCACAUUGCGGUAGAACAGUCUCAAUUCUGCCUUGGAAAGGAUAGUCCAUCGUGCCCUCUACACAUCAUCUUAAGGAACGAAGAUAUUGCUGAACACAUUUGUGAGGUAAGACUGUCAUACCAUUGUAGACUUAUAAAAGUAUCCCAAACUCCCGGAUAACCAAUCCAGGUUCGAAAUCCAGCCUUUUGAGUCAGUAUACGUUGUCAUUUGGAGAUUUCUGUUUUACCCUCAGGUCCCUCACUUGCUUGAGUUGAAGAAGUCUCAGAAUGUGUUGUUUGCUGGUAUCGACCGUCCUGAUGACAUCGUGAACCUGACCCACCAAGAACUCUUCAGCAAAGGCGGUUUUGUGGUGUUUGAGGGAGCAGCUCUGGACACACUGAGUCUCAGUAUGGACACUUCACGAUUUGCAAGAGACCAUAUAUAGAAGUGCAUUGUCUACUUUUCAUUAUGUUUUCACAAUGGUCAAUCUCUACAAGCAACUAUGAUGUCCCUAGCCUGGUCCCAGAUCAGUUUGUGUUAUCUUGCCAACUCCUAUGGCUGAUGUUUGGCAUGAAAACAGAUCUGGGGCCAGGCUAUGAUGUCCCCUCCCAACAUUGCAUGGAUGUGCGAGUCGCUGAGUAACUCUCUCGCUCUCUCUCAGGUAACAUUAAGAAAAUGUCUGGUUUCCUGGAGGGGCUGAGUAAAAAGGGGAAGUGGAAAUGGCUCUUGCACUACAGAGACAGCCGGAAGCUGAAAGAGAACGCACGGUAAGCUUAUUCUUGCACUUGUACAAACUGCUCUGAUGCUGCUGAUGGUCAUUAGUAGCCUACCAAACUUGCUAACUGCCUGGUACUCAGCAGUCUAUUCUCCCGCUAAUCACUCUGACAUCAAUGCAAAUGUCAUCGAAAAUCAAAUCAAACACUUCAUGAGAUCCCAUGAGCUCAUGUUGUGCAACAAUUCUAUAGGCUAUGCAAUUGCGUGAGAAAACAAGAGUUUUGAUGGCCUCUUAUAAAGAGGAGGAUCCCAUCAGCUUUCUAUAGGCAAGGCCUACUACACUGCUCAAAAAAAUUAAGGGAACACUAAAAUAACACAUCCUAGAUCUGAAUGAAUGAAAUAAUCUUAUUAAAUAGUUUUUUCUUUACAUAGUUGAAUGUGCUGACAACAAAAUCACACAAAAAUUAUCAAUGGAAAUCAAAUUUAUCAACCCAUGGAGGUCUGGAUUUGGAGUCACCCUCAAAAUUAAAGUGGAAAACCACACUACAGGCUGAUCCAACUUUGAUGUAAUGUCCUUAAAACAAGUCAAAAUGAGGCUCAGUAGUGUGUGCUGCCUCCAUGUGCCUGUAUGACCUCCCUACAACGCCUGGGCAUGCUCCUGAUGAGGUGGCGGAUGGUCUCCUGAGGGAUCUCCUCCCAGACCUGGACUAAAGCAUCCGCCAACUCCUGGACAGUCUGUGGUGCAACGUGGCGUUGGUGGAUGGAGCGAGACAUGAUGUCCCAGAUGUGCUCAAUUGGAUUCAGGUCUGGGGAACGGGCGGGCCUGUCCAUAGCAUCAAUGCCUUCCUCUUGCAGGAACUGCUGACACACUCCAGCCACAUGAGGUCUAGCAUUGUCUUGCAUUAGGAGGAACCCAGGGCCAACCGCCCCAGCAUAUGGUCUCACAAGGGGUCUGAGGAUCUCAUCUCGGUACCUAAUGGCAGUCAGGCUACCUCUGGCGAGCACAUGGAGGGCUGUGCGGCCCCCCAAAGAAAUGCCACCCCACACCAUGACUGACCCACCGCCAAACCGGUCAUGCUGGAGGAUGUUGCAGGCAGCAGAACGUUCUCCACGGCGUCUCCAGACUCUGUCACAUCUGUCACGUGCUCAGUGUGAACCUGCUUUCAUCUGUGAAGGGCACAGGGCGCCAGUGGCGAAUUUGCCAAUCUUGGUGUUCUCUGGGAAAUGCCAAACGUCCUGCAGGGUGUUGGGCUGUAAGCACAAUCCCCACCUGUGGACGUCGGGCCCUCAUACCACCCUCAUCGAGUCUGUUUCUGACCGUUUGAGCAGACACAUGCACAUUUGUGGCCUGCUGGAGGUCAUUUUGCAGGGCUCUGGCAGUGCUCCUCCUGCUCCUCCUUGCACAAAGGCGGAGGUAGCAGUCCUGCUGCUGGGUUGUUGCCCUCCUAUGGCCUCCUCCACGUCUCCUGAUGUACUGGCCUGUCUCCUGGUAGCGCCUCCAUGCUCUGGACACUACGCUGACAGACACAGCAAACCUUCUUGCCACAGCUCGCAUUGAUGUGCCAUCCUGGAUGAGCUGCACUACCUGAGCCACUUGUGUGGGUUGUAGAAAAGUAAAAUGUGGACAGUUCUUCUAACAUCUUCAAUAUGCACCUAGGAAUUCGAUAAGAAGAUGUCUGUCUUCACUUGUAGCCUACUUAGGAGCUGCAAUAGAUGCCUGUGAGAAAAACCCGAUCACGUGACGGGCAUUGGCUAAUAAGAAUUGAGAUAUCUGAGAGCCAUGUGAGUGAGAGGUGCUUCAGAACACACAGCCGGGAGAAGGGAAUUGUAAUUAUUAUAUUCAGCCCAAGGGCACAACGGCCACUGGCCGCAAAAGGCAUGGAUUCUUUUAGGGGGCAUUACGGCCACACUAGGGGGAUGCCACCGGGAAAUUCGAGGCAUUAUCAAGUGCUUGUCAAAUUGUGAAUGAGAGACUGAUGAAGUGUGUACAGUCUGCGCAAAUAACUAAGCAGAGCUCAUGCCUUUCAUGUGACUUUUUUCAAAUCAUCCUUAGAAUGUAUUAAAAAUCUAAACAUAUAGCCCAAAGUUUGUAUCACAACUAAAGUUGCAUAAAUAACUCUAAAUUAAGCAUAUAGGAGGACCUGUUUAUUUGUUAACCGCUCAACACAGAAUAACCGCAUGUGCGCACUGCCUCAAAUCGUUUGAAGAAAAUAUCCUUUCUAUUUAUUCAGCUUUGUUCAAUUGUAUUCUUCAUACUAUAAAAUAAUGCAGCGGAAUUCUAAGCAAAUCUUGUCUGCUAUAUGAACUAGUGUAGCCCACAGCCAUAUGGCAUAGCCAGAUCAGGGCCUAACAUAAGGACAACUCAGAGUAUGCUAUUCUGUUCUUCUGAAAUAGACUACAUUUUCUUCAUAUCAUGUUUCUUUAGACCUGUCUAAAAUAACUAAUGGAUUUUGUUGUGAUGGUGUAGGCUAUAUUAUAUGGAUUUAUUAGACUUUUUUAAAUGUAGAUGUUCCAAAGGUCUGCACCAGUGGCUUGUAGGCUAUGUGUGGAAGCCAGGAGAUGCUACAUGUGUUUAUGUUAAUUAACGGUCAAUUACCGUGAGACCGGCAGUUAUUUGCUUGACAAUCACGGCUGACAAAAUGUAAUGACUUGAUAUUUUAGAGAAUUAUGUAAAUGCCACAGAUGUCGGCUCAAGCAGAAAUCCCCAUUAAAAGUCGAUUGCAGUGCACAGAUCAUCAAAGACACUGCAUUUCAUUGAAUCUCUGCCAAAGUAAAUAUUUCUAUUUUAAGGGAACUAAUAAUCCCGUAAAGAUCCUAACUAACCAUUAGAAUUGUUCAUUACACUUUUUAUUAUUCUGUUUGCAAAAUUGUAUUGUUUUACUUUAAAGUGUGUUGCGAUUUUAAAUGGACUUUAAAAUUAAGUUUUAUUUUAUUUGGAUUUGAUACAGGUCUAGGGGCAGGUAGUCAAAGACUCUGUACAAGAUUCAAAUCAAAUGCAGAGUCUUUGACUACCUGCCCUAGACCUGUAUCAAAUCCAAAUAAAAUCAAACUUAAUUUUAAAGUCCAUUUAAAAUCGCAACACACUUUAAAGUAAAACAAUACAAUUUUGCAAACAGAAUAAUAAAAAGUGUAAUGAACAAUUCUAAUGGUUAGUUAGGAUCUUUAAGGGAUCAUUAGUUCCCUUGAAAUAUAAAAUGGACUUUGUCCAAGAUUCAAAUCAAAUGCAAAGUAAACUUUAUAUUUCAAGGGAACUAAUGAUCCCGUAAAGAUCCUAACUGCUCGUUCCUCCCUCUACAGGUCUAGUGCUGAAGCACAGGGCAAAAAAAUCUUCAUGGACGUCUGCCAGGAGGCUGGAAUGGUGGAGGUCUUACCCUACCACGAAUGUGACGUCAUUUCAAGGGAACGACCCAACUAUCUCCACUGUCUAGUUCGCCUGCAGGUCCAGAAUGUAUCGGCUCGUCUACCUGUAUUUAUAACUGGUGAGAUAUCAGAAUUUCCUAUACAGCAUUCGUUAAGAUUACGUAUGUAGCUAAUAAAUAUACUGAACAAAAAUAUAAAAACGCAACAUGCAACAAUUUCAAAGAUUUUACUGAGUCACAGUUCAUAUAUGAAAAUCAGUCAGUUUAAAUACAUUCAUUAGGCCCUAAUCUGUGGAUUUCAGAUAUGAAUCAGUUGGUCACAGAUACCUUAAAAAACAAAUGUAGGGGUGUGGAUCAGAAAACCAGUCAGUAUCUGGUGUGACCACCAUUUGCCUCAUGCAGCGCGACACAUCUCCUUCGCAUAGAGUUGAUCAGGCUGUUGAUUGUGGCCUGUGGAAUGUUGUCCCACUCCUCUUCAAAUGGCUGUGGGAAGUUGAUGGAUAUUGGCGGGACAUGGAACAUGCUGUCAUACAUGUUGAUCCCAGAGCAUCCCAAACAUGCUUAAUGGGUGACAUGUCUGGUGAGUAUGCAGGCCAUGGGAAAAACUGGGACAUUUUCAGCUUCCAGGAACUGUGUACAGAUCCUUGCGACAUGGGGCCGUGCAUUAUCAUGUUGAAACAUGAGGUGAUGGCGGCGGGUGAAUGGCACGACAAUGGGCCUCAGGAUCUCGUCACGGUAUCUCUGUGCAUUCAAAUUGCCAUAGAUAAAAUGCAAUUGUGUUCGUUGUCCAUAGCUUAUGCCUGCCCAUACCAUAACCCCACUGCCACCAUGGGGCACUCUGUUCACAACAUUGACAUCAGCAAAAUGUUUGCCCACACGACGCCAAACACAUGGCUGCGGUUGUGAGGCCGGUUGGACGUACUGCCAAAGCCAGCUUAUGGUAGAGAAAUGAACAUUCAAUUAUCUGGCAACAGCUCUGGUGUACAUUCCUGCAGUCAGCAUGCCAAUUGCAUGUUCCCUCAACUUGAGACAUCUGUGGCAUUGUGUUGUGUGACAAAACUGCACAUUUUAGAGUGGUCUUUUAUUGUCCCCAGCACAAGGUGCACCUGUGUAAUAAUCAUGCUGUUUAAUCAGCUUCUUGAUAUGUCCCACCUGUCAGGUGGAUGGGUUAUCUUGGCAAAGGAGAAAUGCACACUAACAUGGAUGUAAAAAUGUUUUGCUAUUUGUGCAUAUGGAAAAGUUCUGGGAUAUUUUAUUUCAGCUCAUGAAUCAUGGGACCAACACUUUACAUGUUGCGUUUAUAUAUUUGUUCAGUGUACAUGGGGAUUCUUAGUCGCAAGAAUGCUCGUUUCUGACAUAAUUCAUUUAUUUAUUUUGCAGACACAACGGCAGACAAAGCAUUUGCAAAACAUGGGAUCUUCACAAUGAAUAUUAACUCUUUCCUGCUGAUUUCUCAGAGUGACACAUGCACAAUUUCUUAAGCUGAUGGGGCACCGUCCACAGAAGUCCUCAGUACAUCAAAAUUCUAUCACAUUCUAUUUAUAAAGCCCUUUUUUAGUUGUCACAAAGCUGUCAAAGUGAUUUAAAUUAACCCGACCAAGACUCCAAUGAGCAGUGGCAAGGAAAAACUCUAUAAGGAAACCUUCAAACCUCAAGAGGAACCACUCAGAAGGGGUGACCCCUUUAAGAAAUAAACAUUUGUAUUCCAAAAUCUGCUUUUUAGGGGAUUCUUGGGAGUUGGCUCAGAAGUUUGAUACAUACCGACGAUCUAACCCUGAUCUAAAUCAUUGUAGUGUAAGAAUACAAAAAAAUGAAUUAAAAAAAAAAGUUGUUUAUAUCAAGGCUGUUUUAUAUUCAUGUUAUUGUGGUUGUUUUAAAGUCUUGACCUUCAAAACAUUUACUUAGAUCAACGUUUUGGUUCCUUUGUGUAAAUCAUUGCAUCGUUGCCUUUAAAUUUCAUGUAGAUUUAUUUAUUCUUAAUAAUUUUAUGACAGAUAGAUUCUGUAUAGAUUAACGAUGCCAUCUGCUUCUGUGUUAUAUUUGUUCAAUUGUGUAUUUAUUUGUAAAGACAUUCAUUGUACUUUUGCGAUAUAAAGAAAUUGACAGUGUUCCCCAUCUUUUCUUUGGGGCCAAAGGGCCACAGCCACGCAAAAAAACAGAGUGACCAUGGUUAUUUUCUCUAUUUCAGAUAAAAUACAUCUUUAUUUCACUUUAACACAGAAUAGCGCCUUAUGGAAAAAUACAAUUUAUAUCACAUUUAUAUUGUCUACGUAUAAACCCCUGAAUAAAACCAAUUAUUUGGCGACAUUCACAUGUCAGAAAGUGAAGACACCUUCAUGAUGACACGCAAUGAGAUCAAUGCAUGUUUUUAACCAACUGUCAAACGAAUUAGCCUACAAACGCAGCCACCACAAAUUGUCCGCCUAUUAGUAAAACAUAUUUCCGUUGUUUUAAAGGGUCAUUGAUACAGAUUCCAACAAUACAUUUGGAUUAUAAACCAGUUUGUUAAGAUUUGGAGUUGUCCGGACACUAACAUGUUACUUAUACCAUCACUGAUCACCCGCGUCUCCAAAGAUGUCGUUCUUUGUGCGCUCCAUCUCUGCAAAGUCAAACUCAGUGCCCAUCGCACGCUUGUAGAUGUCCUUGAUGUC